GACAUAUGUAAUUAAAUAUUCCUAAUUUAUCAUAAACUAUCAUUCAUCAAAAAUAUGAAUUUAUAACAUUUAACCUAUAAAGAAUAUGUUACUUCCAUAUUUAUAUCAUUUAUGUAACUCAAUUUUUGACCUAAACUUUUUGAAUUGGUGUUAAGUUAAAAAAAUCAGUGACUUCAUGAAUUGGAUGACAAUAAAUUUUGAAAAUUAGAAGAAAAAAAUGGGUGCUAAGCAAAGUGCGCAUAAGUUAACAGUUGUCAAUGAUGAGGCAGAGGGAAAUGUCAUUCAGGUUUCUAAUGCAAUUGUACAAAGGCUAACGGAAGGAUUGAAACAAACGUCAAAUCAAUCGGGAAACGCGGACGUAAGAGUUCAACAUUCAAGGAAACCGUCAGUUUCUGGCGAGGGUGAAAUACCUGUAAAUUCACCUCAAGGAAACGUGCCAGCAAGUGGGUAUUCUUCGUUUCAUUAUCCAGAAUAUACUAUAACUGCUCUUCAAAUGCAAAAACAGAAAGAAGCGGAAAUCGAUGACUUAGAUGCAUAUUGGGGUAAACGUCUUCUAAAUCUUGAAAUGAAACACGAGAAAAUUAACAGCAUUCUUCAAAAUGAAUACAAUAAAGCUGUGGUUGAUUAUAAAAGUGAAAAAAAAGGCUGUAAUGAGAUAAUGGUUCCCUGUAUGGAGAAUACAAAAAAGAUUGCAAAGUGCUAUCAAGAUCAUCCUCAUCAAGCUUUGGAGUGUGCACCUUUCGUCAAGGAAUUCGCCAGUUGUGUGGAUGAAUGUCGAACGAAAAUUAUUGCCUCUCGUUGCUAGCAAUUUUCAAUUAAAUUUAGUUUCCUCUUAGACUGUUUAUUUCAAUGAAUUCACUAUAAACAACUUGUGAGAAGAAAAUUAAAUUAAAAUCUAAGGUGGAAUUGUCAAAUUCUCGUUACAAUAGAAAACUUGUUAAAGAAAAAUCUCUGCUUUCAUGUAAACAAGAAAUAAUUCUGUGAAACUGACCUUUUUUUU